AUGUCUCAGCAAUAUAAAGAGAACAUCGGCCCCUCACAUCAGAGAAAGAAGAGGAGCUCAGUGUAUGGACCAGGAACCACGAGAGAUGAGUGCCCACUGACCACACCAGACACUAGAGAUGAGUGCCCACUGACCACACCAGACACUAGAGAUGAGUGCCCACUGACCACACCAGACACCACGAGAGAUGAGUGCCCACUGACCACACUAGACACUAUAGAUGAGUGCCCACUGACCACACCAGACACUAGAGAUGAGUGCCCACUGACCACACCAGACACCACGAGAGAUGAGUGCCCACUGACCACACCAGACACCACUAGAGAUGAGUGCCCACUGACCACACCAGACACUAGAGAUGAGUGCCCACUGACCACACCAGACACCACUAGAGAUGAGUGCCCACUGACCACACCAGACACCACGAGAGAUGAGUGCCCACUGACCACACCAGACACUAGAGAUGAGUGCCCACUGACCACACCAGACACCACGAGAGAUGAGUGCCCACUGACCACACCAGACACCACGAGAGAUGAGUGCCCACUGACCACACCAGACAACACUACAGAUGAGUGCCCACUGACCACACCAGACACCACGAGAGAUGAGUGCCCACUGACCACACCAGACACCACGAGAGAUGAGUGCCCACUGACCACACCAGACACCACGAGAGAUGAGUGCCCACUGACCACACCAGACAACACUACAGAUGAGUGCCCACUGACCACACCAGACACCACUACAGACGAGUGCCCACUGACCACACCAGACACAACUACAGAUGAGUGCCCACUGACCACACCAGACACAACUAGAGAUGAGUGCCCACUGACCACACCAGACACUAGAGAUGAGUGCCCACUGACCACACCAGACACCACUACAGAUGAGUGCCCACUGACCACACCAGACAACACUACAGAUGAGUGCCCACUGACCACACCAGACACCAGGAAAGAUGAGUGCCUACUGACCACACCAGACACCACUAGAGAUGAGUGCCCACUGACCACACCAGACACCACUAGAGAUGAGUGCCCACUGACCACACCAGACAACACUACAGAUGAGUGCCCACUGACCACACCAGACAACACGAGAGAUGAGUGCCCACUGACCACACCAGACAACACUACAGAUGAGUGCCCACUGACCACACCAGACACCACUACAGACGAGUGCCCACUGACCACACCAGACACAACUACAGAUGAGUGCCCACUGACCACACCAGACACUAGAGAUGAGUGCCCACUGACCACACCAGACACCACUACAGAUGAGUGCCCACUGACCACACCAGACAACACUACAGAUGAGUGCCCACUGACCACACCAGACACCAGGAAAGAUGAGUGCCUACUGACCACACCAGACACCACUAGAGAUGAGUGCCCACUGACCACACCAGACACCACUAGAGAUGAGUGCCCACUGACCACACCAGACAACACUACAGAUGAGUGCCCACUGACCACACAAGACACCUUGAGAGAUGAGUGCCCACUGACCACACCAGACACCACUACAGAUGAGUGCUCACUGACCACACCAGACACCACGAGAGAUGAGUGCCCACUGACCACACCAGACACCACUACAGAUGAGUGCCCACUGACCACACCAGACAUCACUAUAGAUGAGUGCCCACUGACCACACCAGACACCACUAGAGAUGAGUGCCCACUGACCACACCAGACACCACUAGAGAUGAGUGCCCACUGACCACACGAGACACCACAAGAGAUGAGUGCCCACUGACCACACCAGACACAACUAGAGAUGAGUACCCACUGACCACACCAGACACCACUAGAGAUGAAGAUGAGUGCCCACUGACCACACCAGACAACACUAGAGAUGAGUGCCCACUGACCACACCAGACAACACUAAAGAUGAGCGCCCACUGACCACACCAGACACCACUAGAGAUGAGUGCCCACUGAUCACACCAGACAACACUAGAGAUGAGUGCCCACUGACCACACCAGAGACCUCUAGAGAUGAGUGCCCACUGACCACACCAGACACCACUAGAGAUGAGUGCCCACUAACCACACCAGACAACACUAAAGAUGAGCGCCCACUGACCACACCAGACACCACUAGAGAUGAGUGCCCACUGAUCACACCAGACACCUCUAGAGAUGAGUGCCCACUGAUCACACCAGACACCUCUAGAGAUGAGUGCCCACUGACCACACCAGUCAUCUCUAGAGAUGAGUGCCCACUGACCACACCAGAAACCUCUAGAGAUGAGUGCCCACUGACCACACCAGAAACCUCUAGAGAUGAGUGCCCACUGACCACACCAAACAUCUCAAGAGAUGAGUGCCCACUGACCACACCAGACAACAUUAGAGAUGAGUGCCCACUGACCACACCAGUCACCUAUAGAGAUGAAUGCCCACUGACCACACCAGAAACCUCCAGGGAUGAGUGCCCACUGACCACACCAGUCACCACUAGAGAUGAAUGCCCAUUGACCACACCAGACACCUCUAGAGAUGAGUGCCCACUGAUCCCAUCAGACACAACUAGAAAUGAGUGCCCACUGACCACACCAGUCACCUCUAGAGAUGAGUGCCCACUGACCACAUCAGACACAACUAGAAAUGAGUGCCCACUGACCACACCAGUCACAUCUAGAGAUGAAUGCCCACUGACCACAUCAGAAACCUCCAGGGAUGAGCGCCCACUGACCACACCAGACACCACUAGAGAUGAGUGCCCAAUGAUCAUACCAGACACCCGUAGAGAUGAGUGCCCACUGACACCACUAGAGAUGAUAUUCCUCUUUCUUUACGAUAAAGAAUAG